AAAACGCAACACAACACUAAAAAAAUUAGUUAUUCGUUUGUAUUGUACUACAAAACAUUCUAUCUUGAUUAUACAUUCCCCUCCAAUUCAAGCCCCACUAUUACCAUGUCUAAAUUCUCCGACUUCAAGCCACUCAACGAGACCACCCUCAUUGAAUACAUCAAAACCAUCCCCACCCUCUCAUCCAAACUCAACAACAACUUCUCCAACAUAUCCAUCAAAGAAAUCGGAGACGGCAACCUUAACCUCGUCUUCAUCGUUUCCAACUCCAAUGGCUCCUUCAUCAUCAAACAAGCUCUUCCAUACGUUCGUCUAAUAGGCGAAUCAUGGAAGAUGACGAAAGAGAGAGCUUACUUCGAGUCACUGGCGUUGAAAGAAAAGGGAAAACUGUGUCCGGAACAUGUUCCGGAAGUUUAUCAUUUUGAUCGUGUUAUGUCCUUGAUUGGUAUGCGUUAUUUGGAGCCACCGCAUGUGAUUCUUAGAAAAGGGUUGGUUGCUGGUGUUGAGUAUCCUUUGUUAGCUGAACAUAUGUCUGGUUUUAUUGCAAAGACGCUGUUCUUUUCGUCUCUGCUUUUUCGCUCUACCACCGACCAUAAACGAGACGUUGCUGAGUUUUGCGGGAACGUGGAGUUAUGCAGGCUAACUGAACAGGUCAUUUUCUCUGACCCUUACAAAGUUUCUGAACAUAAUCAUUGGACUUCUCCUUAUCUUGAUCGUGACGCCGAGGCUAUUCGGGAAGACAAUCUACUGAAGCUUGAAAUUGCUGAGCUGAAAUCAAAGUUCUGUGAGAGGGCUCAGGCACUACUACAUGCAGAUCUCCAUACGAGUUCUGUCAUGGUUACUCGUGAAUCAACCCAAGUUAUCGAUCCGGAAUUUGCAUUUUAUGGACCAAUGGGCUUUGAUAUUGGAGCAUUUCUAGGAAACUUGAUUUUGGCUUUCUUUUCUCAAGAUGGACAUGCUGAUCAAACAAAUGAUCGAAAAACAUAUAAAGAGUGGAUUCUUAAGACAAUUGAAAACACUUGGACUCUUUUCUACUAUAAAUUCACUAAACUUUGGGAUGAGCAUAGACAUGGCACUGGUGACGCAUAUCUUCCAGAAAUCUAUAACAAUCCCGAGGUUCAGCUACUUGUACAGAAGAAAUACAUGACAGAUUUGUUUCAUGACAGUCUUGGAUUCGCUGCUGCCAAAAUGAUAAGGAGAAUAAUUGGUGUGGCACAUGUUGAGGAUUUUGAAUCAAUCACUGAUGCUGCUAAACGGGCAACCUAUGAAAAACAGGCUCUUGAUUUUGCUAAGAUGCUUCUCAAAGAAAGAAGAAAAUUUGAGGCCAUUUCUGAAGUUGUGUCAGCAAUUAGGCAAAUUUAGUUUGGAUGAUUUUUUUUCCUGUAUUAAUAGUUUAAUACCUCUUUUAUAUUUUGUUGUACCUUAUAAUGAGCGUACAAAACUCGGCUCAUCCUGAAUUGAGUGAUAUCAUUCGGGUUCGGGUUAGGUUUGACCUCCGGCUUACGUACUCCUCCCGUCCGUUUGUUAGUGAGACAAGCAAAUUCGUAAAAUAAACCUGCUAGUGUUUUCUCUCCAAAUGAUGUUGCUGUUACUGUCAAGUAUUCAAAUUGAGAAACCUAAUUUGGUUGCGCAUGUUCUCAAGGGUAUGGAAGAGUAUGCUAUCAUAUAUUACCUCUUAGAUUUUGGCUGAAUGAUCACUAGUUCAGCUUCUUCCUUGAAAAAUUAUGUAUAAUAACUUUUAUUGUUUCUUCUUCCUCUGCUAUAGUACCAAUAUACUUUCUAAUUAGUGUCCCAUACCUCAUCAAAGUAAUUAGUGUCCCCAUGACAAAAUAAAAUGCAUAGUAUAUGGAUUUUGUGGUAUAACAUAGCAUUCCAGGCAAGUUUUUUAUUAAGUAAAAGAUAAUAAUUUUGUAAUGCUUAAGAAAGUUAGUUAAAUGUAAUUUUUAAAAUUUUAGAGAAAAUAUAAUAUAAUUGUGAGCGUACGAACGUGCAAGUGUUUAGAUAUUGGGCCCUCGAGCUGACAUGCAGAUCUUCAUAGGUGAACUUGUUAUGUGAGAACCCCUUUAUGGAUAAGUGCAGUCAGACGUCUUUUAUUUAGGAUUGUUGUUGGGUUAAAGCGAGCUCAAACAAGGAUGGUGAAAUGUUCUGUAUAUGGUAUUUUUGCGUAAUGAAUUAGAUGUCCACUCAACCCAGGAUUGAGGUAUUUAUAAAAAAAAUUGUGGGCAUGGACCUUAGUCUCCAUUAGAGUGGUAAUCGCUCUUAAGAGCGUGGGAAAUGGGUAAUUAACUUCCCCUAUUACUCAUAAGAACACGGUCUUCCACUUUUGACUCGCUUUCCCGAACCUCUGUGGACCACGACACCUUCCCAAGUUCUCACGAACAAGAGAGCAAUCCAAGAUACAAGUGACGUAAUCAAUAAAUGGACGCCAAUCCCAAUA